ACGCGGCGCCAACCCAACACUCUCUCCAACUUUCUUUUAUUUUCUCUCCAUCCAAACGCUCAAGCUCCCCCUUUUACCAAUUAUCAAUCUUCUGGGAAACAUGGAGGAUAUACAGCCGUCAGACGCUCAGUUAAACGGCGUCGUAGCACCUCUCGUGGUGAAUUCAUCUGAGACCGUGGGAGUUGGUCCAAAACGCCAGAGACGUCCCAGCGUUCGUUUAGGAGAUAUCGGCGGAGACCAACCCUACGAUUCUCUUGCCCGAAGACCCUCCUCCUCUUCCGCCGCAACCAAGCAAUGGAAGCACCACUCAGCUGCUUCUGCCGCCGCCAGUACUAAAUCAUCCAAGACUCGCGCCCUCACCAAUUUCACCACUGACUUCAGCGAUGAUGAAACGGAAGCUAACAACAAUUUUGAUGGUGUCGCAAUCGGUAGCUGGAAAGUCAAAGAUUUCAACAAGCGGGGCUACGCCACUAAACGGGUCCUCUCGAAUUGGGUCCCCAAAGUCGACGACUCCAGCGACGGAAACAUCAAUGCCAACGGUAGCAAUAACAACACUAUCAUCAAUAAUUUCGAAACAGAGGAAGAUAACGACGAUUUCGACAUGGAAAACUCGGAAAGUCCCAAGAAAGAGCAUAGUCCAGUUCGUUCUUUGGAUAACUUAGGUGGCCGUGGCAAUGAAAGGGAAGUCCUUUUCCAUGGAAGGUGCGAGGAAGAUGGGGUUAGGAUAUGGUUGAAUAGUUUGGGUUUAGGAAGGUAUGCCCCCGUUUUCGAAAUCCAUGAAGUGGAUGAUGAGGUUCUGCCAUUGUUGACAUUGGAAGAUUUGAAAGAUAUGGGGAUAAAUGCAGUUGGUUCAAGAAGGAAAAUGUUACGUGCAAUCCAGAAGCUUGGUGAAGGCUUUUCCUAACAUAUUUUAAAAUCAGUUUAGUGUUUCUGAAAGGAGAAUUUCAUCAGCCAUGGCAAUGUAAUGUAAGAGCUUAAGCCUUAUGUUUUACCUUCUUUUCUUCUUGUGUUUGUAGAAAAACAGGAGAAUCAAAUCAAUAGGGAGUUUUUUGUUUGCAAUGUAAGAGCUUUUGUUAAGGUAGUGUGCUAAGCUAACUAUUGUUGACAACUUCAAUGGAAGAAUAUAAGCUUUUAUUUUGGUUAAA